UCCGGCUAGCUCGACACUGGCACCCCAAAUCGCCUUAUGGUUGUUAAGACUUCAACGGUUUUUCCAUGUCUGCGGGAAUUUGUUUCUCAAAAAACUAGUAGAAUAUAACACACGCGGACCAGAAACGGAUUUCUAAUCGUGGAUAUUGGUGUACCAUUUGAAGAUACGUGGCUUUCCUGUUCAUUUCAAGAUAUACUUCGUCCCCCCGGUCCUGUGACAGAUUUACCCUUUCAGCUGUCCGGUGUAAGAAGGAGAGGGCGCAAAGAUGCCGAAACCGAUCAAUGUCCGUGUGACCACCAUGGAUGCAGAGCUGGAGUUUGCCAUCCAACCAAACACCACAGGCAAACAGCUGUUUGACCAGGUGGUGAAGACGGUGGGACUGCGGGAGGUCUGGUUCUUCGGCCUGCAGUAUGUGGACAGUAAAGGCUACAGCACUUGGCUCAAACUCAACAAGAAGGUGACCCAGCAGGAUGUGAAGAAGGAGAACCCUCUGCAGUUUAAGUUCAGAGCCAAGUUUUUCCCUGAGGACGUCUCAGAGGAGCUAAUCCAGGAGAUUACACAGAGGUUAUUCUUCCUGCAGGUGAAGGAGGCUAUUCUGAACGAUGAGAACUACUGUCCUCCAGAGACUGCUGUGCUCGUGGCGUCAUACUCUGUCCAGGCCAAGUAUGGAGACUACAACAAAGAUGCCCACAAGGCUGGGUAUCUAACCCACGACAGACUGCUGCCUCAGAGAGUAUUGGAGCAGCACAAGCUUACCAAAGAGCAGUGGGAGGACAGAAUACAGACUUGGCAUGAAGAGCACAGAGGAAUGCUCAGAGAGGACUCCAUGAUGGAAUAUCUUAAAAUCGCCCAGGACUUGGAGAUGUACGGAGUCAACUACUUUGAGAUCAAAAACAAGAAGGGCACGCAGCUGUGGCUGGGCGUGGAUGCCCUUGGCCUCAAUAUCUACGAACACGAGGACAAGUUGACACCAAAGAUCGGCUUUCCUUGGAGUGAGAUUCGAAACAUCUCUUUCAAUGACAAGAAGUUUGUUAUCAAACCCAUUGAUAAGAAAGCCCCUGACUUUGUGUUUUACGCCCCGCGGCUGCGCAUCAACAAGCGUAUCCUGGCGUUGUGUAUGGGAAACCACGAGCUGUACAUGAGGAGGAGGAAGCCCGACACCAUCGAGGUGCAGCAGAUGAAAGCUCAGGCCCGGGAGGAGAAGCACCACAAACAGAUGGAGAGGGCCCAGCUGGAGAAUGAGAAGAAGAAGCGAGAGUACGCAGAGAAAGAGAAGGAGAGGAUAGAGCACGAGAAAGAGGAGCUGAUGGACCGGCUGAGGCAGAUUGAAGAGCAGACGAUGAGAGCUCAGAAAGAGCUCGAGGAGCAGACUCGCCGGGCCAUGGAGCUGGAGCAGGAGAGGAAGAGGGCGAGGGAGGAGGCCGAGAGGCUGGAGAGAGACAGACAGGCAGCAGAGGAGGCCAAAGCAGAGCUGGCCAGACAGGCUGCAGACCAGCAGAAGACCCAGGAACAACUGGCUUCUGAACUGGCUGAAUUCACGGCCAAGAUCGCUCUCCUGGAAGAAGCCAAGAAGAAGAAAGACGAAGAGGCCGUAGAGUGGCAGCAUAAGGCUCUUUCUGCCCAGGAAGAUCUGGACAAAACCAAGGAGGAGCUGAAGACGGCGAUGACUGUGGUGCCGGCGCCUCUGGAGAACAACGCUGAGAGCGACCACGACGAGCAGGAUGAGAUAAACGAGGAAGCCAGCGCCGACUUCUCCAAUGAGGGCGUCAGCCAGCUGGACCUCCGCAGUGAAGAGGCGCGCGUCACCGAAGCCCAGAAGAACGAGAGGGUCAAGAAGCAGCUGCAGCAGUUUUGUUGCAAGGAAGAGACACCCGCCAAGCGAUGGCAGAUCAGGACAUUAAGCUCAGAGCUGGCCGAUGCCAGAGAUGAAACCAAGAAGACGCAGAAUGACGUGCUACACGCCGAGAACGUGAAGGCCGGCCGAGACAAAUACAAAACGCUGCGGCAGAUCCGAUCGGGCAACACGAAGCAGCGCAUCGACGAGUUUGAGUCCAUGUGAGAACCGCACCUCCGUCCCCUCCAGGGUUCAUGCUCCCGAACUUUCCCCUCAGCGGCUGCCCAGUUUUCAUGGACAACAGAUGCUGCCGUCCCACCAAGUCCCCCUCAACGACCCCUGGCAAUCUUGAGAAAUCAUCUUGUCAAACUUUGCCAAAGUCCUGCCCCACAUCUCCUCUGAAUGUUACGGAUAUCUCUCAUACAGCGCUGCCUAAAUGCCACUCUGAACGGACAAAGAUCAAAAGCACAGGAGAAAAGAGAAACUGUAAAACCAAAAUGGAAGCAAUUGGAUUUUUUUAUUUUGAGCAAACAUGGCCAUCGAAAGCUACUUUUGUUGAUGUUGUUUUGUUUUGACUCGUAUGCAAAGGUUU